CGUACAGACAGGAUGGCAGCACCCGUUUCUUUACCGACUCGUCGCAGCUGUGGUGGUAAAAAAUUAUCCUCGUAUAACGUCAAACAGUGUACUUGCUCCAACGACGAGAGAGAAGACCGUGGUUUAUUUUUCCUCGAAUCGUAUUAUUUUGUUCGUCAUUAUUUUCAUACGAAUGUUCUUUGCUGUUCACAAAGGUAUGAAGGGCAGUUUAGCUUGUUCGUGCGAUUGUCGAAGAAAAUUGGCAGUUGGCAGUUAACGUCCUUUUCAAAGAUGGAAAAUCAAAGUCAUCAAAAUCAGUCUCAGUAUAAUCAUCAGUCUUUUUGGAAAAAAAACACACGAGCCGUACCUGGCAGGCCGAGUCCGAAGCAAGAUCCUCGACAAUCGAGGGGAACAACAACGAACAAUUUACCGAUAAGUUUCACGAGCAACGUAGGAAAUGCAGGAAGCGGAGGAGCAGCUUCGUUUCAGGAUUUUCAAGAAAGCGUAGACGACGCGUGGGACUCGGGAGACGAUGAAUUUUGGACGGUAUCGGAUGUGAAAAUAUCGAAGCGUGUGAGUCACUCUGCUGCUCUGAGCGUGAUAAACAGUCAUCGAAGCAGCGGUAGCUGUGCUGAAACUCAAACAAAUUCAAAGGAUAGUCAAUCACGUCAGACGAUUAUACCGGACGAAAAACGUGCCGAGGCCCUUCAGAGGUUAGCCGUCCAACCACUUCAUCUUCGAAAUGCUCAAAUGAGCACAACCACCAAUGCCUCGGCAAAUCAUAAUUCACAAAAUUCUAACGAGGAUCUCGACCCGAAAAAUGCCAAUUCUCCGGGUCAUAGAACGACUCAUUUCCCCGGCAGACCGCAGCCUCUCAAACAGAGCAACGCUUCUUCUAAGUUUUUCGUACCAUCCAAGGAACAAGAUGGUGAAAGUAAAGUCGAUAAAUUUCAAUCCUUGUUGGAUUCUCCUCUCCUCAAUUUGGAUGAAUUGAGGCAAUUGUCCUGGUCCGGUGUACCUGCUAAAUUACGAUCUGUUACCUGGAGGUUACUUUCUGAAUAUCUUCCCGCCAAUAUCGAGCGUCGCCAACAAGUUCUCGAACGAAAACGAUUAGAUUAUUGGAAUCUUGUUAAGCAGUACUAUGACAGCGAAAGGGACGAAGGGUUCCAAGACACAUAUCGACAAAUUCACAUUGAUAUUCCUCGAAUGUCCCCGCUUAUAUCACUUUUUCAACAGCACACGGUACAACUCAUUUUCGAGAGAAUACUUUAUAUAUGGGCUAUUCGACAUCCAGCAUCCGGUUACGUCCAGGGCAUGAACGAUCUCGUCACGCCGUUCUUUUUGGUAUUCCUGCAAGAAGCUGUACCAGCCUCAGCGUGGCAAGAUCUCGAAAAUUACAACGUCGCAAGCUUGCUCCAGGAACAUCAAGAUAUUAUAGAAGCUGACAGCUUUUGGUGCCUGUCCAAAUUUCUCGAUGGAAUUCAGGACAAUUACAUCUUUGCUCAAUUAGGCAUUCAACAUAAAGUGAACCAAUUGAAGGAGCUCAUACAGAGGAUUGAUGCCCCGUUGCACCAACAUCUGCAUCAGCAUGGCGUCGAUUAUUUGCAGUUUUCUUUUCGUUGGAUGAAUAACUUAUUAACAAGAGAAAUACCUCUUCACUGUACGAUUCGCCUUUGGGACACUUAUUUAGCGGAAUCCGAUCGUUUCGCCUCAUUUCAGCUCUACGUUUGCGCCGCGUUUCUUCUUCGAUGGAGGCGUCAUCUUCUUUUACAGCCAGAUUUCCAGGGGCUGAUGCUAAUGCUACAAAACCUGCCGACCCAGAACUGGACCGACUCGGAGAUUGGAAUAUUAGUUGCAGAGGCAUACAAGCUAAAAUUUACGUUCGCUGAUGCACCGAAUCAUCUUCAGGCUCACGACACAAGGUGACCAAUUAUUCCUGUGCUUGGUUGAGAUUGUCACAGCGGCCAAAACGAAGGAGAGACAUUUAAGAAGACGAUAAAAACGAUAGUGGGCUGGACGCUCCUGAACGAAACGUAUCAUCGUUAUUAUUUGUUUUUGCGGAGCGAGUUGAGCCAUUCACAUUAAGGUCAUGAAUAUAUAUAUAUAUAUAUUUUUUUUAUUAUUCCCCCUUUCCUUCGUGCACCGUUCCCAUUUAGCAUGAUUUACAUCGUUGAUUCUUCAUAGAGGAUAAAAACAAAAAACAAAAUCAUUGCGUGUAUUCAUACCGAAUUCGGAAUCGCGUCGUUGCGAAGGAAAUUACCAUCUUGUGGAGUCUCGAACGUGUAGAACAUUGCAUGCCCUCUACCGUACCAUUUCCAAACUCCGCUUGCGAGGUUUUCAACAUGAAUCAUUUGAUACUUGCCGAUGCGCGGUAGAUUUAUAUAAUAUCAUAUACAAUAUUAUAUAUAUUAUAUAUAUUAUAUAUAUAUAUAUAGAAGAAAAAGAAACUAAUUGAAAAGUUUUAUAUAUAAUUAUAAUCGUUGUUCUUCGAUGUAACGAUUAUACAUAGGAUUUCACUUGAGCUUAUAUAAAUGCAAGUUCGCCAUCGAUGUGCUCGCUCCUUUCAAUACCGUACCAUAGAAAUGACUACCGAUUGUAGGAAGAAGUUGUGCUACGCGCCAAGCUGAGAGACUCAAAUAACCGAAUUCAUUUCAUUUGUUUUGGUAAAAUCGAAAAAUUUGAAUAUCCAGAUAGAGAUGAGUGGAAAUUGGCAACAAACUGUUUCGGUGUUUGGGACGAAAAAGCUCAUUGGAAAAAUUGAAACUUUGUGUCGAUGUCUGUUUUCUGUCAUUCGUUUUCAUUUAUUUAAAAGAUUUAUCAGUGCCAAGAAAAAUUAAUACGAAUGGUACGAAUUCAGAAUGAAAUUGCUAAUGAACGAUUUCAGUUGAAAAUCGGAGCUUCUUGAACAGCUUUUAUUGAAGUUGAAAUAUUUUUCCUACAAAGUUGAAUGGAUUUUAAAAUGAAAUUGAAGGUUUUUAAUAAAACGAAGUUCAGUUUCGAUAAAA